UAUCAUAGCAUAGGAGACUGGACUGAACCGGAGUGUUGAGACGUUCAUACUUCAUAGUCCAUACAUGCUCUAUUAUUCAAUGUAUUAUAGAAUAAAAGACUGUAAAUACAUUGCACAUUGUUAAUUUGUUUCACGACGGACGUGAAAAUAUUAAUUAUUAUUGUCAUAAAUUUAUAAACACCAUUUCGAAGCAAUUAUGGAUAGUGAUAUGGCGGUCCCUCAACUUGAUCAGUUCGUACUGACCGUCAGAAACUUUAUCAACUCCGGUGAAAAUCGAGAACUUAAUGAAUAUCUUUCCAAGCAGACAGAAACAUUACAAAAAUAUGUUUCUAAUUUAGAUAGUGUUCUUGAGGCACUUGACGUUCAUGAGAACUCAGUCACUGUACUUACAGUUUUGGGUAUUAAAGCUACUGCCCAAAAACCCCCGGAUAUACCAGAGGUUCAAUAUCAUACAGCAAUAGCAACGCAAAUUAAUGAUUUUGUUAGUACUAUUAGUGAAGAAGAACUCAGAGUUUUGGCUGAUUCCUUGGCUACUGUGAUGAAAUCUAUGUUAACUAACCUUGGUGAAAUAGAAAAACCUAUGUCUGCUAUACCAAUAAUAAGGCGAGCUAUAUGUAAAUUGCAAGAGAAACCAUAUCAAUUAACUCAACUUCAUUGUCUUUUAUGUCAAGCCUGUUUAAUGUCAAAUAAUCUUAAGCCUGCUCUAAGUCUCCUGGAUCAAGAUAUCUAUGUAUUGGGAACUGAUGAAUCUGGAGUGGCAUUUGACCCAAAAUAUUUUUUAAAUUACUACUAUUUGGGUGGUGUAAUUUACGCUGCAAUGAAGAAUUAUUCAAAAGCAAUUACUUUCUUUGAAAUUGCUCUUACAACUUUACUUCCUUUGCUAUCUCAAGUCAUGGUUGAAUCAUACAAGAAAUUUGUUUUGGUCUCAAUUAUUCAUUUAGGAACUGUACCUUCACUUCCAAAAUUAUCACCAGCCCUCAUCGAAAGAGUGCUCAAACCAGUUUGUCAAGCUUAUUUGGAUAUUAUACCAGCGUAUCAAAGUGGUGAUCAUGAGGAAUUACAAAGAACAAUCACAAAAUACCAUGAUGUUUACAUAAGAGAUAAUAAUAAAGGAUUAGUAAAACAAGUCGUAAAAGCAUUGCACAGGAAGAAUAUACAUAAAUUGACAAAUACUUUUUUGAACAUGUCAAUUUCUGAUUUAGCACGAAGAAUUAAUCUUCCUAACAUAACAGAAGCAGAAGAAUAUUUAUUGACCAUGAUUGAAUCUGGUGAAAUAUAUGGCAAGAUUAAUCGUAAAGAAGGUACAAUUAUGUUUAAUGAUCCACCCAAGAAAUAUGAAGACCCAAGUGUUCUAAAAAAAAUUCUAGAUGAAGUAAUUAAUAAGAUAUCGUUUAGCAGUACAGUACGAAUGAUGGAUGAAGCUAUAUUAACAAAUCCAUCAUUUGUAAAAAAAACUAAUAGUGAAGAUGAUGGGUUAUCUUUAGGCCAAAGUUCAUCCAAAAGUUAUCAAGCAUGAUCUAAGGCUCAAAAAUGUAUUUAUACUGUAGAUUUAUUGAUUUGAACAUAUUAUGAAAACUGAAAUUGUAAUAUUUCUAUUGUCAUUCAAAUAUUUGUCGAUCUAAUCAUGUUCUUUUACAAAUGUUACUAAAAUAACACAAAAAUCACAUCAAAAACAGUAUUUAAAUUAUUAUUCCAUUUAAAUGAGUACAUAUUAAUACCUAUGAAUGUAUGAAGUAUACCUAAAUUAAUAAUGUUUAUAAUGUAUUGUACAUAAAUAUAUAAAUACAUAUUAUAAUAAUUUAAACAGGUAUUCACAAAACAUAUUUUCUUUAAUUAAUACAUUGGGAAUAUGAAAUAAUAAUAAUAUUAAAAAUAUUGUCAACUUGUAUUUGCAAUAUUGGCUUAACAUGUUUAUACAUAUUUUUUUUAUUUAUCGUCGCCUCUUGAAGCAGUAAACAUUUUUCAAUUUUCAACUUUGAAGCUGGUAUUUUUCUAGCUAAUAGUUGACGGUCAAAAGUGAAAUUUUAUUUAUUAUACACAAUUUCUUGAAGACAUUUUAACAAAAUUACUAAUUAGUUAUUUAAACAAUAACAAUUAUAGUUAUUUUAUUGUAAUUAAAAAAAUAUCUAUAUUGGUACCUUAAUGUAACUUUUUAGUUUUUGCCAUUAUAUAAGUUAUUAUUUAGAAUAUGCAAUAAGAUUUUUAAGUUAUUUAUAUGUCAUGCCAUCAAUUACCGUUCACACUUCUGUUAUAUGUUGGUAUUCACUAUUGACCCUUAACUCAUAACUCACAUAUGUUAAUAACUAUAGUUAGGUGUAUUAUUAUGUGAUCUAUAUUCUAUGCUAUUGUUUAAAUAUAGAUGACAAUCUACAAUAGAAGUUUUCAACCUAUUAGGGUCCAUGACUUUUUUGAUUUUGAAAACAAUUUAAAAGGUUCCUAUAUAUAGGGCCAUAUUUAGGGGGAGGGGGUGCAACAAGGUGCUGUUGAUGAGUAUGAAAUUUUUUUAUAUUUAAAUUACAUUAAAUUUGUAUUUUGUAUAACAAA